CUCUUCAUCUGCGGAUCUUCUCUGUGCGUGCCUACCGCUCUGUCACUUUCCUGUGUCACUUCUGGAGGAGGCGGCCGGGGACAGUGAGGUGAUGAUUUAUUGUAAAUGAGUUGACUGAGAUCGGGAGCAUUAAAUUUAUGUAUUAUGAUUCUAUAAGCAAGCUGGGAAGGUAGGAGACAAGAGAGCGGCUACAAUGACUUCAGCAGUCCUGGUGGACAUCCGAGAUGAAGUCACCUGCCCUAUCUGCUUGGAGCUCCUGACAGAACCCCUGAGCAUAGAUUGUGGCCAUAGCUUCUGCCAGGCCUGCAUCAUAGGAAAUAGUCAUAAUUCAGAGCUCAGCCAAGAAGGGAGGAGCAGCUGUCCUGUGUGCCGGACCACCUACCAGCCUGGGAACCUCCGUCCUAACCGGCACCUGGCCGCCAUAGUGAAGAGGCUCAGAGAGGUUGCUUUGAGUCCCGGAAAACAGCUCGAGGUCAUUUUUUGUGCACUUCAUGGAGAGAAACUCCAGCUCUUUUGCAAGGAGGAUGGGAAGUUAAUUUGCUGGCUUUGUGAGCGAUCUCAGGAGCAUCGUGGUCAUCACACAUUCCUCAUGGAGGAGGUGGCCCAGGAGUACCAAGACAUGUUCCAGGAGUCUCUGAAGAAGCUGAGGAGGGAGCAGCAGGAGGCUGAGAAGCUAAAAGCUCUUAUCCAAGAGAAGAGGGAUUCCUGGAAGAGUCAGGUGGAGCCUGAGAGACACCGGAUCCAGGCAGAGUUUAACCAGCUCCGAAGCAUCCUAGACAGGGAGGAGCAACGGGAACUGAAGAAGCUGGAAGUGGAAGAGAGGAAGGGGCUGAGCAUCAUAGAAAAGGCGGAGGGUGACCUGAUCCACCAGAGCCAAUCACUGAGAGACCUCAUCUCUGACCUGGAGCACCGGUGCCAGGGGUCCACAGUGGAACUGCUGCAGGAUGUGGGUGAUGUCACAAAAAGGAGUGAGUUCUGGACCCUGAGGAAGCCCCAAGCUCUCCCCACCAAGCUGAAAAGUUUGUUUCGAGCCCCAGAUCUGAAGAAGAUGCUGCGAGUCUUUAGAGAGCUGACAGAUGUCCAAAGCUACUGGGUGGACGUGACUCUGAAUCCACAGACAGCUAAUUUAAAUCUUGUCCUGGCGAAAAACCGGAGACAGGUGAGGUUUGUAGGUGCCAAGCUGUCCGAGCAGUCCAGUCUGGAAGAACAUUAUGACUGUAGUGUCCUGGGCUCUCAGCACUUCUCCUCAGGAAAAUACUACUGGGAAGUGGACGUGACCAAGAAGACGGCAUGGAUCUUGGGUGUAUGCAGUACCCCGGUGGAACCCAUGUUCUCUUAUAACCAGUACUCCAGCAAGCAGGGUGCCUACUCCAGGUAUCAGCCACAGAGCGGAUACUGGGUGAUUGGGUUGCAGCGUAAGCACGAGUACAGAGCCUAUGAGGACUCCUCCCCAUCCCUGCUCCUCUCCAUGACGGUGCCACCUCGACGCAUAGGGGUUUUCUUAGACUAUGAGGCUGGCACGGUCUCCUUUUAUAAUGUCACAAACCAUGGCUUGCCCAUCUACACUUUCUCGAAGUAUUACUUUCCUACUGCCCUUUAUCCAUAUUUUAAUCCCUGCAGCUGUGUAGUCCCGAUGACCCUGCGGCGUCCAACUUCCUGAGGUCUGCUACCGCUUCCCAUAAGUAAGCAGAUUCCUUCAAAGAUGAAUUUCCUCUCUGAGCCUCUGUUCUGUGUCCUAGUAGGACACCGCCCAUUGCUGAUAGUGAGCACCCUUGACCCGUCUCAUGGGAACGGAUUUUGGAUUUUGGGUUUUCUGUAUUUUGCUUUUGGGUUGUAUUUUUUGGGGGGAGUUAUUUGUUUUUUGUCUCCACUCCUGCCCCCCACCCCCAAUAGGGUUUCUGGAACUCUGUGGAUCAGAUGGCCUUGAAUUCCGAGAGAGAUCCUCUUGGCCUCCCUGUCUGAGUGCUGGGAUUAAGGCAUGUGAAACCACGCCCAGCUUUGUUUUGUUUUGAAGCAGGCUGGCCUUGAUUGAAAAAGUAACUGAGAACUGAUCCAGAGUCCUAAUUACAAAUGAACAUCGCCAUACCUGGCUGCAGAUUUUGUUUUAAUGUUGUUUAAGAUAUGUUCUCCAUAAAUAGCCCAAGCUGGCCACAGACUCAGUCCUUCUACCUCACCUCCCAAAUACUGAUUAUAGGUCUAUCUCACAACACCUGGUUAAGCAUAAUAUGUGAUGACUUUUUUUUUUCUUUACUGAUGUCUGUGGUCAAAUCUAAAAAAUUCUCUAUAAAUUAGAUGGGAGUAUUUUACUAAACAUUGAGUUCAAUAGAUUUUUUUCCUAUAGUUAUUGAGAUAAUUGUGUAUCCUUUUUAUUCUGCUCCCGGGUCAGCUACACUGACUUGUCUCCGUUGUUAAGUUCACCACUAAUUCCUGAAGUAAAAUGUGUUACAUUCACUACUUUAUUUUUACUGACUCUAGGUUUGGUUUUCGUCUAUCUUUAUAAACAAAACUACCUCUAACUUUGCAUUCUUGUGUUACCUGUCAAGGUAUAUAAAAAAAAAAAUUAUGGGCAAGGGAUUAUAUAUGUAUACUUAGAAAAUAAUAAUAAAAAUGGACUGACCACUAUUCUUUUGAUGGUUUAAAGAAGAGAUUGUAGCUUUGGUUUUCACAAGAAAUGCCACCAUAACCUCAGCCUUCAUCCUAACAUUUUAAGAGUGGUAAUAAAAAAUGGAAAAUGUGCUUGAAAGAGAGAUAAAAUAAGAUAAGGGGAAGACCUCAGCCAACCGGUAUCAGCUAUUAUCUAGGAGGAGGAAGAAAUGCAGUUAGCCUCUUUCACAGUGAUUUAUUCUGUCCUUCCCUAGCCCUUCUUACUUCUUUUGUAGAGCCAGGGAUUUCAUACAGGGACUUUUUUAUAUCAAGCAGAGACAUUCUAGCACCAUGCUUGACAACCCUAUUUUGGUUGUGUUUUGUAUUUUGUUACUAAUGGGGUUUUUUGUUUGUUUUGUUUUGCUGACAGAGUCUUACCACUUUGCAGGGCUAGCCCUGAGCUUGCUAUCAAGUUCAGGCUGACUUUAAGCUUGCCUCAGCCUCAAAUUCAAAUUGCAAAUGAGUGAGCUGCUCUAGUUUCCUGGAGAGGUGCUGCAAGCUUUCAUAUUCAACUGUGAAAAAAGUUAUAGAUGUGAAGAUGGAAAUGAAUGUCAGGGGGAGACAGGGCUACUAGUGUCUUUUGGUACUCUCUGAUGUACUGUAACUGUAAAAUACAUGCUGAAUUUCCAUAAAAGCAGUGUGAAAUAAUCUAACUAUUGUCUUACAAUGAUUAUAUUUUGGAUAUAUUAUUUUAAAUAAAACUUCUCAUUUCAAUUGUUUCA